GUAUCAGUUAGGAGCAAAUGCUACCCUCUGAUCAACCCCUUCUGGCAUGAGAACGCAAACAUCACCGACUCACACCGACAGCUCUUAUACAUGCAUGGGACAUUUGUCAUCCUGAUGCCUCUGAGCCUGAUACUGAUGAUUUUUGGAGGAAUGACUGGAUUUAUCAGUAUUCUUGCCAGGGCAUAUCUACUGCUUCUAAUGACUGGUCUGCUUUUUCUUUUUGGAGCUCUGGUUACGCUUACCGGGAUUGGUGUCUAUAUUGCAUAUUCAGCUGCUGCCUUUGAAGAAGCUGUCUGCCUCCUGAGGAGUAAGGAUGUCCUGGUAGAAAUUGACAUCAGGUUUGGCUGGUCUCUGGCACUGGUCUGGAUCUCUUUUGUCGCAGAAGUGAUCACUGGGGCUGUGUUUCUCCUGGCAGCAAGAGUCGUUGGCCUGAAACGGCAGCGUGAACAGGAGUUAUGAACAGCAGGUAUCCUUGCAAUAACAGAAAACUCUGAAAUGUGGAUUCCUUGGUUUGAUUUGGUCACUAGGGAGAAUAAAAGUGGCAAGACUGUGACUGACUAAUUUGCCAGCUGCCAUAAACUCUUCUCCUCAAUAUUGUCUACAAAAUAUAAAGAUUCUGAUAAAUCAGUAACACAUUUCUAGUGUUGUCAGUAAGAAAAACUUUGUGACUUCAGAAGAAAUUAUGUGGCACUAUCAAUGUUUCUGAAACAAUUUCAGCUGGCAGCUCAUGCAGCAUCAAUAUACAUUAUUUAGAAAUUUUCUGCUUUCUCUUCUUUCUGCUAUCCCUGAUUACCCUGCAGAACAGUCUGGUCCACUUGGCUUUUGGUUUCCCUUCAGAUACUCCUGAUACGUAUGCUAGGUAGUCUCUACCACACAUGAUAUAUGAUGCUUAUAUACCUGAAGCCAGGUACUGAGUGUGGAGGCUACAUGUAUUCAAUUUAUACUGCACAUUUAAUGUGGCUUUGUUGUUCAAAGUAAAAUCAAAUGUAAAGGUCCAGAAUAAGAACUUCAGAGUAUUUGGAGAAAUUCAGCGAUCAUCUCCAGCACUAGGGCAUGGCAAGGACAUCCAACUCAUGUACGCCUUCCACAUUUAUCUUUCUUUCCCCUUGUGUCUCCCUGAGGAGGCUAUUCUCUCUCUUCUACCACUAUCACACUCUUUCUUUGUGACAACACACAAAAACGUGACAGUUUGAGAGACUGGAGAACCCCAGAAGCCUACUUUAUGCCAACUAUGUGUGUUGGCUAAGGAAAAACACAGCUUCAUGUUAUUUACUCAAAAGUCAUUACUUAAAGGCUGAAAACAAAGAAAUUAAUCAUUUUCUAAAACUGAGCUUUGGUGCUGUAAAAAAUAAUUUAAAAAAAAAUGAAGGCCUAGAAACUGUGAAUGACUUAGCAGUAGUUAUCCUCCAGACAGCAUUGACUAUGGCUGUGAAGCUCUGAAGGGCAGUGAAAUGGUGAGUGUUCUAUUUCAAGAGAAAGCUACAGCUGCUUCUCUGGAUGUUCUAACAAAAGACUGCAGCCAGUCCACAUCUACCCGAUACUCCCAUCGGAUAGACGCUACCCAUCAGAUGUUACCCAUCUCAUCCAGCUUUUUAUCAGCUGUUUCUUCAAUUCUAUAAUGCAGAAGAUGCAUCUGAUACAUUUCCCAGUUUUUACUUUGCAAACCUGAUGCUUUAAUUUCAUAAAAGCAAUAACGUAUUUGUGCUAGAAUGUUUUUAAUUGUGCUGGAAGCUGCUGAGUAAAACCAAGCAUGCAGGAUGCCUGAACUGAACUUCAUCUUAAGAACUAAGCAAUCUAGAUAUUUUUUUUUUUUUUCCAUGUUAUUAAUAACAUAUAAAAUUUACUUCAGUGCCCACUGCAGUUAGUGAAGAAGUUUUUCCUGACUGCUGUGGCCUGGGGUAAAGACCUGGAUAUACUCUCAGCUCCACUACAGAUCCAGAUCAUGGUCAACUUUUGCAUCUUAUAGUUCAAGACUGUGACUCAGGAACUGCACCAGCUGGGCACACUUUCAGUGAGCAAGUUCCUUGUGCUUCCUUCAGGAAAGAAAGGGCAUUACUUACCUACUUCUGUUCAACACUGGGACCAUUUUAUCACUGCCUUUUGUUACCAAAUGUGCAUUUGUGCUCUGAUCCCAGUUCCACAGUACCAAGUUUCUUACGGAAAAUGAUGGCAGAGAGCUUCCAGCUUGCAGUCUUUGAAUAUAAAAGAAAUGUUACUACAAUGCUCUGAAUGGAGAACUGAGGCAGAAAAACUGCCAAGGUCCAAUGAAACCAGAGCUUCUGAUUCCCAAUCUAAAACCUUGGUUGGCAGAUUUUACUUAUUAUCAGAAUGAAACAAGGUUAGAAAUCCCAAACAGGCCGAGCAGCUGUUAACAGCCAGUACCAUUUCUACUUCCCCAUUUCUUCCACACUGGUUUUCACAUAUUUUCCAUGAUGCCUUGUGCUGGGACUGUGUAAUGGAGUCAUUUUACAAGUUAAAGCUGACUAAAUCAGCUCAAUAAGAAGAUUAAAGAAAAAUCCUUUAUAGCAAAUAUUCCACAUGCUUAAAUGAAUUAUGUAAGAUGUAAUACUUCAAUGUUUUGGUGCUGGUGAAGUUAUUUAACAUAAUAUGACCCGUGUAACAUCAGUCAGACAUUACUGUAAGUUGUAAUAGUAACCUAUCAUCCGAGUUAUUAGUGAAUGCUUAUCACAGAUGUUGUUUUACAGUGCUUUUGAACUGCGUAAAACUAAAUAAAAUGACAUCUCUGAGCUAGGAAAUAUUUGAAAAGACAUGGAAGAACUAAGAAAUAAUUUUUAACUCCUUCUGCAGGCCUAUUUGAUAGUUUAUAAGAUGCUGUUGAUGUACCUGUGUUGCAUGUGGUAGAUAUUUAUAAGAUACUUAUGCAGCUACAAUAUUCAAUUCAACUUAAUUAGAAAGCCAACAAACAUGUUAUUGAAUUAAAGCAAUUAUCAUUUCCAUGGCUUUCAUAGAUUUCUCAUUCUGCCUUCCUGCAAUAUCUGGCACAAUAGCAAUAAAGAGUAUAUUCUGCUCUUGAAUAUAUCUUCAGUCCCUGAAUUUCUCUGAAAUUCUAUCUGAAUAGAAAUAAAAGUAUUGUUUUGAAUAGUCCUUAGAAAACCUUAAACAAAUUUAAUUAUGCUCGAAAGAUAAAACAUUUUGGAAAGGACUGUAUGUAAUUCAAUACAAAUGAUUUCAUCAAGCUUCUACUUAGGAUGAAACUGAUGUUUGGUACACAGUUCUUCGCUUAUUUUCCCAGAAUUCAUUACUGAGAUGAGGAGACUGACUGCUUCCAGUACUGCAAACUCGCAGGUAGUUGGGCAUAUUUAAAGUGAAGAAAAAUAAACAUACUGAGCAAAGUAGAUCAGUAGUUUGAAGCAGUAGAGUGUACACAGCUAGUGGCCAAUAGUAGCUUCUAAUUUGAAGGCUAGCCCAAGGGAUGGUAGAGAAGAACAGGGGAAGUGACAGAAAUGCUUGGAGACAGGAAAAUUUCACGUAUUCAAGAGCUUUAGAGAAGAUGCCGGUGGAACUAAUACAGACAUGCAACCACAGCCUGGGUCUGUUCCUGAGCUGGAUGCCGCAGAGCAUCUUGGAUGUUUCUGUACCUGCUUCCACGACUUCCAAAGGGAGGACAUCAGCUGAGACACAGCUUCAGUCCAUAUAGCUCCAUUUGUUGAUCAUUGAUCCAAAGCCUACAUGUAGUUCCAGUUGACUUUGUGUGUUAUUGUAGCAACUAGACAGAUCAUUGUGAUGGGAAAGGCGUUACAACAAAGGUGUGAUGACAGAAGGACUAGCAUGACAAAAAGGUGCUAUAAAGAAAAGGAAGA